UGAAGUAGUGACGAAAACCAAACUUGGUAGGUGUGUCCAUUCAGAUCUGCGAUUUAGCGAAAAGAGAAGCAGAAAGUUGCUGGUAUCAGUCCUGGCUUCAUUCCUCCAACUGUAAACAUGGUGCUGCUGCUUCUGCUGCUGUUCACAGUCACAAGUGACGGCCGGGCUCAGCGGGUGCUCGGCCUGAAGAAGAACGACUCGUGUCUGUGUGAGGUAAACUCCACCGUGUGGUCGUUCCCUGUUGUGAAGUAUGAGACUGUGUUACAGCAGGUUCACACCUGUGAAGGAUCUCUGAACAGCCUGGCGGAACAGCUGAAGAUAUCCAGCCAGCGUCUCCCUCAGAUCCAGGCUCAGGUUACCUCCUUGACAGCCAGGCUGGGGCCUUACAAGUACCUGCACAACCAGGGCCUGUACUCUGCUCUGUCUCUGCGCCUUCUGGGCCAGCAGCUCAGCCAGCUGGAGACAGACGUUGGUGUUGUCCACAGCCAGCUGAACAAUGCACAGACAAAGAAGCUCUCCAAAGAGGUGGUUAAACUGCGGACACAUGUGGACAGGUUAGAAACAGCUGACGUAGUUAACAUGAAGGCUGUGAAGGAGAAACUGCGCUACCUAAAGAAUAAUGUGGAGUCCUGCAAAUCAAUCCCCAAAGACUUCACAGGUCAGGACAGAUACUGCCUUAAGGGCCUGAUCACCAACAUCAGUGACCCUGUAACAACCAAGCUCAGUCCUUAUGGUAAGAGCUAUAUCUCUGGUUCAUGGGGCAAACAAGCCCAGAUGGAGAACGAGGACCAGAAAUACAGCUACUGGGUUCUGCCUCUGGCAAAUAGCCACAUCUGGGGCAACACUCUACGUGUUUACCAAAACUAUGAAGAUUUCAUGGCGUCAACAAACCACAAAGACUUUACAUUCGCCUCAUCGUACAGCCAUCCCAACGCCAUUGAGGGUCCCAGUGCUGUGCUAUACGGUAAAGCUCUGUACUAUAACUGUUACCGCUCUGCAGACGUGUGCCGGUACGACCUGGAGACCAACGAGGUCAAACGGGUGACUCUUCCAGGCACCGGUGUGGGUUUCAACAACAAGUUCCCCUAUUGUUACUAUGAUUGCCGGCUCAAUAGUGAUGUUGAUGUAGAGGCAGAUGAGACAGGACUGUGGGCUCUCUAUGCCACUCUAGGUAACCAUGGUAACCUUGUGAUCAGCCGGUUAGUUUGGAACGGUGAGACCAAGACUCUCAACGUGACACAGACGUGGGAAACGAGGCUGUUCAAGAAGGCAGUGAGCAACGCCUUCAUGGUGUGCGGUGUGAUGUACGCGACUCGUUACGUUAAUGACUACCGGGAGGAGGUGUUCUACGCCUUCGACACAGCCACAGGCAAAGAAGACAACUCACUAGCAAUACGACUGGAGAAGGUAGCUAAAGGAAUGGCUAGUCUGAGCUACAAUCCCACCAACAAGCAGAUCUACAUGUACAACGAUGGAUACUUGCUGGCCUACCAGGCCUACUUCUGAUCUUCUGAUCAAAAAGUUAAUGAAAUAUGAUACAGCAACAAAAAAAGCAAUGAUUUAUGAUGCAAAUGCUAAAGUUAUAUCAUAUAGACUAUUAAGAUUGUUCUUCUAACACAAUGUACUUUAGUAACACUGAAUGGAAACAUCAGCUGAAAUCAUAAUAAAGUCUUUGGUAACAAUAACAUUA